AUGUCUGUCGUCGGCGGCAGUAGGUGUGGUGGUGGCUUGAGAAACUCCUUGAUGCUGAGCCUCGUCGUCGUGCUGCUUCAGUUAUUGCUCCUCAUGAUGACUCUUCAUGAUCAUUCCUUCAUUAAUGCCAUGAAUUUAUCCAUAAACAAAAUGAUGAAAAUCAGAUCAGCAACUACCAGUACUACCACUCGCCAACAAUUCAUCAUUCAAGACAUUCCCUACCUUCAUCAAAUCACGGAUUAUUCUUGCGGAGAUGCAAGCCUCAACAUGGUAUUGUCAUAUUAUUACCCACAGAAAAUCAUUGAUCAGAGAGCCAUCAUUGAUGUUGCACGUACCUCCAAUCAUACAGGUACUUUGAGUUUGGAUGUGGUUCGGAGUGCAAGAUUCUCGCCUCUCAGUUCAACUCCAGCCUCACAGGUCUAUAUUCAAUUUCCAGAACAGGCACCAACUUCUGGUUGGUUCAAUUCAAAAUUUGCAAACAAAUCACAAGCUUCAGUACCAGUGAAUAUAUUUGAACAUUCUGGACUUGCGACCGUGUACUAUCCUGAUCGAAAUAUUUUUGUUCUGUUUGAUUCAAUCUGUGAAAAGUAUGAAAGAUUUUUCAAUGCGUUUGCUUGA